AGGGAUCUUCGUCAGGAGGCGACGGCGGCACCGCCGUGACAUCACCCCGCGGCUUAUAUAGUUGGGGAAGGGUCUGGGUCCCCCGUCUGGUGCCUGCAGCCGCCCGACAGCAGGCGUGCGGAGGGCGCAGAGCGGCGGGGCUCUCUCUGUUUGUCUGUCUGUCUCUCUCUCCGUCUCUCCUCAGGAUUUAUGGACUUUACUUUCUAGAGGGCGGCGCGGCAAGGAUGAGAGCCCAGCUACUGUGCGUGGUGCUGCUGGCCCUGGCCUCCUGCAGCCUCUGCUCAGAUUCAGAAGAGGAAAUGAAGGCAUUAGAAGCAGAUUUAUUGGCCAAUAUGUACACAUCAAAGAUUAACAGAGCAAAACUUCCUUACUGGAAAAUGACCCUGCUAAAUGUCUGCAAUCUUGUCAACAACCUAAACAACCAAGUGGGAGAGACAGUAGAGGUAGAUGAAGAGGAUCUUGUUUCAGGAAGACAGUUUCCCUCAGCUCUGGAUGGCUUCAGCUUGGAAGCAAUGUUGACAGUAUAUCAACUCCAGAAAGUUUGCCACAGCAGAGCCUUUCAGCAUUGGGAGUUACUUCAGCAAGAUGGUUUUGAUCUAGAGAACUCAAGCCAAGAAAAGGAAAUAAUGAAGAGAAAAAAUCCCUAUAUUCUGAAACGGCAGCUACAUGUGAACAAAGCUAGAAGACCAUACAUACUCAAGAGAAGUUCAUAUUACUGAUGCAGCAGAAGAAAACAAUGUAUAUUUAGUUUAUAGGUAACUUUGCAUUAUGGUUAUCUUAUCUAAAUCUAAAAUUAUUCUUGUGUGAAAAUAUACUAUGGAAAAUCAAGAUGAUAUCAUAGAUGUGUCUUUUUUGCAAUUGCUGUUUCUCGAUUGUGAAUUUUUCCUACUUGAGAUUAAUUGGACUGAUACAUUUGCAAAUAAAACUAGUUUUUAAGCAUGAUGUAUUGUAGAAAACUGAGAUUUCAACAUACAACAAUCUUGUAGUCUUUUCCAGUUUUAUAAAGCACACCAACAUAACACCAAGUACAUUGAUAUUGACCAUAAAUACUACUGAGAAUCUUACAGUUUCUUAAUACAACGUCAAACAUACAUAUGCUCGCAAUUUUUUGUAUAAUAUGCUAGUAAGAAGUGCCACAGUAUUUUAUGUAUUGGCCAUUAAUUUAUUAGGGAAUAGGUCUAAGGAAAGAAGAGAAUAUUAUCAACUAACUGUUAAAUGGCAGCUUCAAAAUUAGUAUUUUAAAUAACCUGCUUGUAAGUGAAUUUUAAGUUCUUGACUUCUAACUUGCCACUAAAGACUAAUUAUUUAAGAAAACAAUAAGUAACUGAGACUUUUAAAAAGUAUGCUAGUGAAAGCAAACCCAGAUGUGCUUCAUAGUCUUGUAUAUCACUAACUAAAUAAUUCAUUAAAUAACUAAAAGAAUUUACAGUGUUUACCUAAUCUAUGAAUGCUCAGGAAAA